CGCCGCCGCCGCGCCCGCCCCGCCUCUCGGGCCGGCCGGCCGGAGCCCGGUCCGGCUGCCCAGCGACCAUGAGCGGCGCGGCGCGGGCGGGCCCGGCCCGGCUGGCCGCGCUGGCGCUGCUGACCUGCAGCGUGUGGCCGCGGGCGCGGGCGGACAACGCGAGCCAGGAGUACUACACGGCGCUCAUCAACGUGACGGUGCAGGAGCCGGGCCGCGCCGCGCCGCUCACCUUCCGCAUCGACCGCGGCCGCUACGGGCUCGACUCGCCCAAGGCCGAGGUCCGCGGGCAGGUGCUGGCGCCGCUGCCGCUGCACGGCGUGGCCGACCACCUCGGCUGUGACCCCCAGACGCGAUUCCUCGUGCCCCCGAACAUCAAGCAGUGGAUCGCCCUGCUGCAGAGGGGCAACUGCACCUUCCGGGAGAAGAUCUCUCGCGCCGCCUUCCACAAUGCCGUGGCCGUGGUCAUCUACAACAACAAGUCCAAGGAGGAGCCGGUCACCAUGACCCACCCAGGCACGGGGGACAUCAUCGCCGUCAUGAUCACGGAGCUGCGGGGCAGGGACAUCCUGAGCUACCUGGAGAGGAACGUCUCCGUGUACAUGACCAUCGCCGUGGGCUCGCGGAUGCCCCCCCGGAACAUCAGCCGCGGCUCGCUGGUCUUCGUGUCCAUCUCCUUCAUCGUGCUCAUGAUCAUCUCGUCGGCCUGGCUCAUCUUCUACUUCAUCCAGAAGAUCCGCUACACCAACGCCCGCGACAGGAACCAGCGCCGCCUGGGCGACGCGGCCAAGAAGGCCAUCGGCAAGCUGACCACCAGGACCGUGAAGAAGGGAGACAAGGAGACAGACCCCGACUUUGAUCACUGUGCCGUGUGCAUCGAGAGCUACAAGCAGAACGAUGUGGUCCGGAUCCUCCCCUGCAAGCACGUGUUCCACAAAUCCUGCGUCGACCCUUGGCUCAGUGAGCACUGCACCUGCCCGAUGUGCAAACUGAACAUCCUGAAGGCGCUGGGCAUCGUGCCCAACCUCCCCUGCACGGAGAACGUGGCGCUGGACGUGGAGCGGCUGACGCGCACCCAGGCUGUGAGCCGCCGCGCGGCCCCGGGCGAGCUGGCGGGCAGCGACAACUCGCUGGGCCUGGAGCCCUUGCGGACGGCGGGAAUGACCCCCCUCCCCCAGGACGGGGAGCUGACCCCCCGCACGGGAGAGAUCAACAUCGCGGUCACGAGCGGGCACUUCUUCCACCGGAACUCCCUGUCCCCGCGGAGCUUGGUGUUCGAGAGCGAGUUCUCCACCAUCGAGCCCUCCUUGGACAUGUACGAUGAGAACAAGACCUGAUGCCCCGAGAGGGGGCCGCGGGGCGGGUCGACCCUGGCGUGGUUUGAUUUUCAGCCCACCUCUCUCCUUUCGCAUUUGCUCAUCAACAUCCGACUUGGAAGAGUGGCGAGGCGCUGUCCCGAGAGCAGGGUGGGCUCGGGGGGAGCCGUGAGGCCCCACCCCCCCGCGCGGUGAGGCUUGGACGGUGCCCAGAUGACUCCACAGUGCCCCGGACCCCACGCGGAGCAGGUCACGGACGGUGGCUGUCUCCAGGGAGGACGAGGGGGACCUGGCCUUCCUGCCGCGUGUGUUCGCAGACCUCACUAGGAUGGACCACAGGUCCCCGUUGGCGCCCCCUGCCCCCUGGGGUGCUGGAAGACCCUUUGUGUCCCCACUUGUAGUGCGCGGAGGUGCCGGCAGGUGGCGCUGGCCCCUGAACUUGCUGCCUGUGCUGGCUGGUCCCUCCCGCCUUUGCGGUUCCGGCGCGAGGACCCCCAGUGCUGCCCCCGACACGGACUGCCCGGGCUGCCCGCAGGGGGGUUGUGCCGAGCCGGAUGGACAGGACCCCGCAGGGGCGCCUGGCCCGCCCCGCCGCCGCCCCCCAGCGCGGACGAGGUGAGAGGUGACUCGCGCGAGGCAAGCGUGGACGGGGGGCUGCGGGGGGCCGGGGGCGGGCGGGGGUCAGACCAGAGUGAUGCCCUGAGCUUUUCCCUGCAAGAGGGGUCGUGCGCCGUGCUGGCCCCCCCCUCCCCCAUCCUGGGUCUGCCCCACCCACCUCCCUGCCUCGGUGGCCCCCUUGAGAAGCGUGGAGCUCGGCUGGCGGGUCCCCCUCCUGGGGGCGCUGGGGACCCUCCACUCCCCACGGCUUUCGGGCGGCCUGCGGGGUCCCGGCCGGGCCCAGCGGCGCGGCCUCUGGCUGGGUGCUGGCGCACAGGCCCUGGUGGUCCAGCCUCUGGCCGUGGCCCCGCCCCCUGCGCCGGCCCCCGCCCGCCCCCCGCCCCAUGACCAGCCCACCCCUCCCCCGCUCGCCUGCCCCCCCUUCUCGCCGGUCUCGGACUGUGGCCGCGUGUCCUGGUUUUCCUGGUUCCAGCCUCGUCCCAUGGCACUGCCCCGUGACCUCUGCCGCCCACUCGCCCUCCGGGGCUGCCCCCGCCCCCGGCCGGGCCCCCCGCCCAUCUCCUGCGCCGCCGUCACCACUGAAGUCCAUGGCCGGGUCAGUGGCCCCGCCCCACCUGGCCAGGCCCCCACAGUGGCCGACCCGCCCGGUCAGUGACCAGGAUCGCCUCAGCGUCUGCUGUCCGCAGGCCCCGCCCCUCUUGGCCACCCCGUCCCCACACUGACCACACCCGCCCACUGGUGUGCCGCCUGUCUCCCUGACCCAGUACAAAAAAACCCCGGAGGCCCCUGGUCACCCCAGCUCUGGCCGCCCCGCCCCGCGCUGCCCCCCCAUCCCCAGCCCCAGCCCCAGGAGCGCUGGACACCGUCCGCGGGGCGGGGACAGCCCGGGGGCAGCCUCUGCAGAAGGUCCGCACCGCUUCUCCCCCCUCCCCCGGGCUUAAGUAGAGGUUGUUUCCCCUCCAUUUUUUUUUAAAUAGUCUUUGUACUAUAAAAAUAUUUUUGAUAAACUCUUUCACGCGAGCUUGGUUCGGAGGGUCAGGUUGGGUCAGUCCCCCCAGGGCUCCGGGGGGCGUCCUGUUCUGGCCCCGGAGCCUGCCCCUGCCCAGACACCCCAGGCCCCGGGUCAGGGCCCCGCCUUGCGGGCGGGGAGCCAAGAGGCAUUGGGUGUUGGGGUCCCCAGGAGCUGGGACUGCAGGGUCUGUGGUCUCCCGCCCGCCCCCCCCCCCCGCAGCCCUGCACCCCCGGGGGGAGUCCUCGUGGGGCGCCGGCAGGUGUGAGACCGGGCAGAGCAGGUGUGAGGCUGGGCGAGCCUGUGCUCCUGCCAGGGGCCAGGCUGGAGAUAGAGAUGGUCCGGGGGGACGGGCUGCCUUUGGGGGUGGGACAUGGGGGCUCCUGAACCGAGAAGCCGGCGCGAAGCCGCCUCCAGAUUCCACCCACCUCCUGGCAGGCCCGGCUCUGCUGGCCCUGGGGAGCAGGAGCGGGGGAAUGGGGGCGGCCGGGGGAGCGGAGAGCAGGCUCUGAGGGGCCACCGAGGCACGGCCGGGGUCCCGCAGGGAGGCAUGAAGGGUCUUCCUGCAGGGUCUGGGCACCCAUGACUGACGACUCGAGACACUCCUUUCCUCUGGGUGACCCAGGGGUGCUCCUUCUCUCGGGCGCCGUCUCUGGGUGACCCAGGCGUGCUCCUUCUCUUGGGCGCCGUCUCUGGGUGACCCAGGGGUGCUCCUUCUCUUGGGCGCUGGGCACUGACAGCCCAGAGCAGGGGGCCGAGGUGCGGGGAGGGGUCUGGGCCCCGGGUCUCAGUGGAGACGCAUGCUCAGCUUCUGCUUGCUUUUUAUUUCUGGCUUUUGCCCUUAAAGGCAAAGGUUCAAUGAAACGGUGUGCGAGUUACGUGAUUCUCCCCCCUUCAGUGCUCUGACUUGGCCAGGAAAGACUGAAGCGAGUGUAAUUUUUUUUUAAAUUUUAUUUUGUUUGGGGGGCACACCCAGCAACGCUCAGAAGUGACUCCUGGCUCUGUCCUCAGGGAUCACUCCUGGUGAGGAUCAGGGGACCCCGUGGGGUGCUGGGAAUCGAACCCGGGCCAGUCACAUACAAGGCAAGUGCCUUCCCCUCUGUGCUAGUGCUCUGGGCCUGAAAGGAAAAGGAGAAAAUCCACUUGCUUAACUUCCUGAGGGGAGAGUCGCCUGCAGACCUUCCUUCCGGGGCCCAGGGCUCCUGGUGGGGAGUUGGUGGCCCGCAGAGGCUUUGGGGCCGGGGCGCCUGCCUCUGAGACCCAGGGGUGACAGCCCUCCGCAGACCUGAGAGGGGCUUCCCCACGCGCCCACCCGCACAGUAGUCUGCUGUGCCUUCGGGGGGGGCGCCCAUAAGCUACAACCCAGCUUCUAGAAAAUUCCAGCUCUGGGACCAGGGAGAACAGUGGGGAGGCACGCACUUGCCGCGCCCCUGGCUGAGCUGGGUAUGGCCCCGGGGCCCCUGCAGGAGCGACCCCUCGGUGCGUCGAGUGUAACUCCGAAACAACAACAGAGAGGUGGCGGGGCUGGAGACGCAGCACACAGGCAGGGGCCCGCCUGCACGUGGCUGACCCGAGUUCCGGUCCUGAUCUCCCAUAGUCCCUCGAGCACUGCCAGAAUUAACUCCCGGUGCAGAACCAGGAGUGACCCCUGAGCACUACCUAGUGUGGCCCCAAAACCAACUAAAAUGAACAAAAAAACACCAAAAAUACCCCCCAAAAAACCAACCUCAAUAACAACAACAAAAUGAUUUCUGCACUCGGCGAUUGGGGCAGAGUUUAUGCUCAUUAUUUAUGCAAAAAAGUGGGGUGCGGCCCUCGUGGGAGCCCUUGUACACCCCCACGCGAGCUCCUGCUUUGAAGCGAGGCUGCGGUGGCCUGCGGUGGCCAGGGUUCUUCCGAGAAAUGCGGUUCUGCGUUUUGCACGUUCUCUCCUGUCUCGCUCCCCUCCUCGCCCCCUUGCCCGGGAGUUCUUAACUUGACCCCCUCCUCUCCCCCCUGCUGGAGGGAACAGGCGGGGAGGCUGUCGUGAGUGGGGGGCCGCCGUCCCUGCCGUCAGAGUGUCCCCGAGCAGCAGCUGGUGCUGGGUGGCCCCAGGCCCGGAGGGGGGCGAGGGGAGGGGCCGGGGGAGUCCUUGUGGGGCGCCGGCAGGUGUGAGGCCGGGCAGAGCAGGGAGCGAGCGCCCCGCGGCCUGGCCCCCCAUGGCUGUGGCCCUGAAGCCUGAAUAAAUAAAAACAGGACCGCAGGGCCAGGUGGUACAGGUCAGGUGCUUGCCGGCAUCAGCUACGUUCCCCAGCUGGUCCCCAGCUAGCCCCCCCGAGCACCGUGGGGGGAGCUGUGGGGCACGGCCAGGAGGGGGCGCCCCUGAGCCCGCGCACCAGCGUUUUUCCGAGUGAUGGGGAGAACCGGGCUGAGACCUGGUGGGCGGGGCGGGGAGGGGGCGCUGCGCCUCCCCCUGCCGCCCCCCUCGGCCAUGCCCCCCGCCGCUGCACCUUCCUGUGGCCGCCCUGCAGGCCGGGCCCCUCAGCCAGGGGCCCUGCAGGCCGGGCCCCUCAGCCAGGGGCCCUGCAGGUCGGGCCCCUCAGCCAGGGGCCCUGGGGGUGGGGCAGCCCCAAGACCUGUGACAAGCCGGCUUGGCACAGGCCCCCGAGACCCCAGCCCCGAGGGUGAAGCCCUGGCCCUCUGCCAGCACCCGAGCGCGGUGAAGCUGUCCUGUCCACGCUGCGUGCUGCCCCACCCCCACCCCUGCAGAGGGCUCCCUAUCGCGGGGUCACCCUCCAGUGCUCCCGACGUAGAGGGGGGUCCUGGCAGGACGCGAAGCUCGGGGGAGGCACUGCUCUUACACGCGGUGCGACCCCUCCAGCGCUGGGUAGGGCCCCCCAAGCCCCGCUAGGAGUAACCCCUGCACACAGAGCCAAGAAGUAGCCCCGGGCACCCCCGGGUGUGACCUUAAAACCAAAUAAAAAGACACAGUGGACCUCGGAAAGGGCUGAGAGCUUGCUUGGCUUGCAGGAGCCUCCCCCCGACCCCAGCACCCCGGGGCCCCUGAGCAGUCAGGGUGGAAGGCAGCGUCCACCCCUCCAGGGUGGCCAAGGAAGGACCUUCUCCAUCUGGAUUCUUUCUCAGGGGCCCAGGGGUUGCCGUGGGCAACAGACCGGCCCCUGUCCAGGCUGCAGGUGACCUGUAGGGAGCACUUUCUUCCUGAGCCAACUGACACAAGGUGAAUUCCGUGACUGAAGAAGUCGGACAAGGAAGUAUUGGAUUUAAGCCCCAGCACCUGCAUGGUCCCCAGAGCACCACCGGGGGGCGCUCCCGAGAGUAGAACCAGGAAUAGCCCCUGGACCCCAGGGACGUGGCUCACCUGACCCCGGCCCCAGCGAAUUCUAACUUCCUUUCAGGACUCCCCUCCCUGACCCUCACUCCCUCCAACCUCUAAUCUUAAAGGGCUUUUUUUAUUAGUGAGUGGGUGGUACUCAGCUGAGAAGUUUGUUUGUGACGAAGCAGAGUUUGGGUGGAAGGAGUCCGGCUCCCAGGGGACCACCUGGCCUGCCGAGACCUCGCCUCCUCUCUGACCCCUGCACACCUUGUGACCCCAGGACCUUUGGGUGUCCCAGCCCAAGAGGGAUGGGCACCCUCGGCCAGUGCUGGGGGCCAGAGUCUGGCUUGGGAAGUAAGAGUGAGAGUAGGGAUGCAGUAAGCAAGCCCAGGGCAAGGUUCUGGGCGGGGGGCAGCACCUCGCGUGUUGGCUUCACGCGUGGCGGCUCGCCAGUGGGGUCUCAGCCGGCCGCUCUGGGUUCUGCUGACUGCACUGCUUCUCCGGGGACUGCUACGAAACUUAUUUUUCUAACUGUCGCCCAGGUAGCGGGUGGGCGGGGGUGGGCCAGGGCUCGCCGGAGGGGGGGUCCCUGUUUGACAGCCCCCAGCACCUCCGUGCGGGUCCGGCGGGAGCUGGGCACGGGUCUGGUCAGUCUCAGGCCUCUGGAAUGUCCCGGGCCGCCGCAGAGCGUCUUGGGUGCGAAUGGUGAUGUAAGUAGUGACAUGGCCUGGCGUGUCCCCGUGUGCCGACAGUGUCCCCCUGUGCGCGUGGUUUGCUGAUAUAACCAUUUCAAUAAAACCCUGGAAAAUCC